CCCCAGCCUUUGCACUGAGUGGAACGUUCACCUGGACACCCAUAGAACACUGUCAGUAGUUUCAGAUUAGUGGUAUCUCCUGCGAAGCACAGUCACAGGGGGAGACCGUGCAUAGUCGGUUGGCAUCUGUCUGCAUUUCCUCUGUGGAAUUACAAGCACACAGCAUUGAAGGCAUUAAAGAGAGAGAAAGCCCAGGACAGAGCUCCCACGGUCCUUUUGUCCCUGGUGGAAGUUCAAAAUCUCAAUCGGAUCACUAGACAUUGCUGCUGAAUUGUGGGAUAAGUCGAUGCAGUAAUGAGUCAAUCAGGAUCCAUUGGAAGCAAGCACGGAUCCACCAAUGGGGGAAGUGGAAAAAUGAGUGCAAAGGAUCUGUUUGAACAGAGGAAGAAAUAUUCCAACUCUAAUGUCAUCAUGCACGAAACAUCUCAGUAUAACGUGGAGCAUUUGGCUACUUUUGUAAUGGACAAGAGUGAUGCCCUUGGCACAGUGGAUGAUGCCAUCAAACGAUUGUUCCAACUAGAGUCUAAAGACAAGAUAUGGGCUCAGGAAAUGCUUCUCCAAGUCAUGAACACAUCCAUCAGUCUUCUAGACUGUGUGACACAGGAAGAGCUGGAGAAUUUCCCUCUGUCCAUUGUCCACCACUGCCAGAGUAUCCAAGGACCCCAUCGUUACCAACAAGUCCUGUGUGUAGUAUGUCAAGAUACAGAGCAACCCAAGCCUGAUAUACACUUCUUCAACUGCGACAUGGAGGCUGAGUUGGUCCAUGCUGAUAUAGAAAGCGCUCUUGCAGACAUAAAACAUGGCAAAAAAAUGCGACCACAAACACUCAAAGUUAACCAGGAGAGGAUUAAACAACGGGAGUCAAUUCUGCCACCUCACCCUCCUGCUACCGCCCCUAAACCAGCCUUUAGGGAUAACAAAAAUCGUGUAAUGACGCCCGCUCCACCAUCCGAUAUUGACUUUGAUCGACGGAGUAACCUCUCCCAAGAGCCAGAGGAGUCUCGGGAAGCUUUGGCAAAGAAAAUUGAAAAAGAAACUCAAGUUUUAAACUGCACACUGGAUGACAUUGAGAUCUUUGUGGCAAAACUUCAGAAAGCAGCCGAAGCUUUCAAGCAGCUUAAUCAGAGGAAGAAAGGCAAGAAAAGCAAAAAGAAAGCAUCUGGAGAGGGAGUUCUGACCUUACGUUCAAGACCUCCGACAGAACUGGAGUUCAUAGACUGCUAUCAGAAGAUCAAGCUAGCUAUAAACCUUCUGGCAAAGCUGAAAAACCAUAUCCAGAAUCCAAGUUCCACUGAGUUAAUUCAUUUUCUGUUUGGGCCCCUAAAACUGAUAAUUGAAAGCUCAGGAGGUCCCGAGCUGGGCAGAACAAUCACCUGCCCACUGCUCUCUAAAGAUGCCACUGAUUUACUGAGGGGGCAUUUGACCCCUACAGAGAUGAAGAUCUGGGAGAUUCUGGGAGAUAAAUGGACAAAAUCAAGGGCGGAAUGGCCAAGAGAGCCAAUAAUUCCACAGUAUAUUCCUAAAUUUAAUAAUGGCUGGAUACCCCCAGCAGAUGUCUUCCAUGGAGCACCCUGGGAGCUGGAUAUGACACCACCCCCAGAGUUUAUCAAGACCAGAAUUCACGAAGAGCCUCCAAGGAUCCCAGAAAAUCUCCCACCAAGGACAAAUCUUCCUUCAACCAAUGGAAAUCCUUACAGGACACCAUCAUUCAAACAAAGCCAACCUGAGAAAAUGCCAGAAAUGCACCCUAGCCCACCGAUGAUAAGAGAGUAUGAUGCUCCAGUGCCGGCACAGCCACAAAAAUGCGCCAAAAUCCGCUAUGACUUCACAGCUCGUAAUGCAAAUGAGUUGUCCGUACUGAAGGAUGAAGUCCUGGAGGUUCUAGAGGACAACAAGCAGUGGUGGAAGUUGAGGAACAGGAUCGGUCAGGAGGGUUAUGUUCCCUAUAACAUACUUGACAUUGUGACAACUGAAGAUAGCAGCGAACCUGAUGGAUCAUAUAACUCGUCCAAAUACUCUCGUGGUGGAGGCCCUCUCAGCCCAGGAACCAAAUUACCUGUAAGCUAUGCUGGAGAUAAAUGGGGAAGUGAAAUGGCAGGAUGGUCAACCAAUCCAAAGACUAAAGAUAACUUAAUACACCAUAUGGAUGAGGUGAAUGAUGAACUUCUAAAGAAAAUUACAAAUAAUCAGCCACCGAAAAGGAACUACAGAAUCGAAAAACCCCAACAAGUACAUGUCCCUCUGAACUUCCAGUCUGACCCAGAAGAAGUCAAAGCGUGGUUAGAGGCCAAGGGCUUCAGUAAAGGGACAGCCGGUCAACUAGGUAUCUUAAAUGGGGCACAGAUAUUCUCUCUAAAUAAGGAGGAGCUAAAGAAAGUGUGCGGGGAAGAGGGGGCUCGGGUAUACAGCCAGUUGGCUGUCCAGAAAUCUCAAUUAGAGAAAAGUCAAGGGGAAUCAGAGCUCCAGGAAAUAAUGAAGAGGCGCCAAGAGAGGAUCGAAAAUCCCUAGCACUUUGUCUAUCUCCUUGCUACUUAACGUCUUUAAUAUCUGCAUCUCCUUCACUUAAGAGAGUCCGGCAAGGCCUUGCAGAAUUAUUCAUCGCUUUACAAGAUAUUUAUCUGGCUGAGAAAGGAUUAUGGUUUUAUACAUUUAACUUCUAAAAGCAACAGCCAACCAAUGUGGACCUCAGAAAAAAAUAAAAGACUAUAUCCAUUCUAUAUAUAUUAAUAUAUACAUUAAUACGUGGUAGGCUCUAUUGUACACUUAGUGUGGUUCAGAUAUUGGAAUCUUGUGUGUCUUCAACGUCAUCAAAUCCUUUGGAAAAAUAAGAUCCAGUUAAUUAUAUUAAGGUGACCAUUCAUGUUUUGUUGACCAAUAAAGCCAACUGCAUCUGUAUGUAAAGGUAUAUAUUUCAUAUAUUUAUAUAUCUGUUGGAAUUUGUUUUCUUGUAGCUGAAUAUACUUUUCUUAACAUUAUGUCUAUCAGAAGGGCUGCUUUUCAUCCUAUUGGCAGCUCCCGAGCUGAACAAGGGGGGGAUAGCUUUAAGUAUUGCAUUAAAGUAUUAUUUUUAUACAUAUAUUCAUAUAUUUUAUAAGCAGUCCUGCACAGUGAUAACGAGGCCUUGUGUGAGCUAUGUGCUACACAACGAUGGCAUAUUGCUUCAUUUGGGAGUAAAUGGGAUCUUUACAUUUUCACUUAUCACAAAACCUCAGCGUCCUGACUAGUAGACCUAUACAAGUGAGUGUUUUGCAGAAAAACAAAAAUCAGCCUACACUGUAUGACGAUACUGACUGCCUUCUCAGACUUCAAAUUAUCCACCAGAAUGUAUAAAAUGAAUGUCACAUGAUCUACCACUAUAUAUUGUAACGUAUAUAAUAUACCAAUAUAUAUCAUUCAUUUUAAUUAACUGGAAAGGGUAAACACUUUGUAAUCUUUCACUAACUGAAUUAAUGACUGUGAUCUAUAUAACAAGGUUAGCAGACCUGGUGGAAGAGACACAGAUAGACAAACAGUACAUUCCAGGCUGUUCUAAUAAGAUAUAAGAACGACAAACCUUCUCUAAAGCAGGAAAUAAAACUAUUUAAUAGUGUAGCCAGACCAGAAAAAUACUUUGUAAAACUACAUUGGAAGAUGGUGGGGGAUAAAAAAUGAUUGAUACGUUUCAUGGGAAAAAAAAAAACACAAACAUCCGAUCCUAUCGUGGUAUAUUUUAAUCAUUAUUAUUCUUGGCCCAAUUUUAAAUAACUUAAAAUAUAAAUUUCAAAUCCAAUAUACUUGUAGUAUUUUAAGUUAUUUAAUCCCUGUCCGUAUACCAAUUUGUAUAACAUAUACAGUCUAGAGCAGUAGUGCCUGAAAAUGGAUUCUCAUAAGUUGAAGAACUAAAACUCCCAAGAUGCUUUGCCAACAUUUAGGAUAGCAUAUUAUCAUAUAAAUUGUCAUUCUUGGGUAUCCCAGGACUAGUAAUGUAUCAAUCUGAUAGCAUGAAAUAAAAUAAUGGAGCAUUUUUAUUUGAUCAAAUUCAUUUCUCUGGACUCAGAAUCCUUGGGACAUUGACUAGAAGUCAGAUUGCAAAUUUGAAUACCCCAUUCUAUUUAAAUUUCAUACUCAUAAGCAUUUAAUCAGGUGACUUUAUAAUACUCCCUGUAGUUUCAUCCCAGCUCAUUUUAACCACUACUAAUGUAAUCUUUAUCCAAAGUAGAGCUGCUUUGUCUAGAAACAAUCUGGAGUGUAUGAUUAUUGUGUGAGAUGUCUCAAAUAAAUAAAAUCUUUAAGUUCCAAAAUAUAGUAAAAUCUGUAAGGGGGAAUGUAAAGUGUUUAACAAGGAGAAAUCACUUAAUGAAUCAACUUUAUAGGUGUUACAAUGGUUUUCAAACAGCAGUGGGGCAAUUGAUAAUGUAUACAUGUGAAAUGGGUGUCACAAGAAAAUACAUACACAUGUGAAUUAGGGCUUACUGAUUCCAAACUAGGGGCUACGAUGCAUGUUUGCUCUGUGCACCUAACUGUGACCAAGGGCUAUCUGGACAGCCAGUGAUAGGCUGAGAGCAUCACUCUAUCAAGAGAAAUAGUACCUACCAUUUCGCUCAAUGAAUGCCCAUUAUUAGGCUGAGAGCGUCACUCGACACUUGGAGCCAUCACCAGCCACCCGGCUAGUUCUUCCUAAUACCACUGCCAAAUGCAGAAUACAUGAAGAUAGGACACUCUUGCUACCAUAACAACUUAAAUGAGCUUAUGGCGGUUGGAGUGUUUCUUUAAUGUCUCCAACUUUGCGAUCAUUACAUUUGCCGAGUUCUUCCACAUGAGGAAAAAAAUAAAUGCUCUUACCAUUUUCACUUAGCAAUGGCUCAACUAGUCUUCCCUCAUCUAAAUGAUGUUUCAGACAGGCUCCUUAAAUGUGGAGUAUAAUCUGGGUCUAUAAACAAUAUGUGCUAUGAAGAUAUAUAUAAUUAUUCGCUUUUCUCUAUAACAUGACGUGAUUUUAUAAGCCGAAAAUGGGAGAGUGUGUUCUGGUAAGAUUCUUCAAGUGUACGGUUUCUAAAAUGUGCAAGAUAAUUCCUUGAAUCCAUAAUUAUUCACAGUAAUGUGGUAGGUUGGAGCUAUACAAUAAUUAUGAGUCAUUUUUAUGCUUUCUUUUUGUAUGUAUGUAUAAAAAAUAUAAUACAAUCAACAAAAAGGAUACCCUGUCUCAGUAGUACAAUAUUGUAUUAUCCUAUUUAAGGCAAACACAUUAAGAUUCUAGUGCAUACUAUAUUAAAACAGAUGGAUAUUUAAUCAAUUGACAUAUUUGCUUUGAAUAAUGUCCCAUUUUCCCUCUCGGAGCAGGCCAUAUGGACAGUCCUUCAGCAACAUACAAGUAGAAAAAUUUAAAGGAACAUUAUAGCUUUAGGAAAACAAACAAGUGUCCCUAACACUGUAGUUUUAGCCUAACUAUUAGGGUCCCCAGCCCCCCUCCGCGCCAGUCUUGCAGCAGUUUGCCCCUGCACACUGUACAGCAUGGACACAGGAAGCACCUCUAGAAGCAGUCUGAGUGACUGCCACUAGAGGUGCUGCUAGGUGUAAACACUGCCUUUUUUCUAAAUUUAUGCAAUUCAGCGCUUUUGGUCUUAUAUUAGAAAUUCACAAUUCAAAGUGAGUUUCACAUAAAAAAAAAAAAAAACUCUCCUUUUUGCCUUUUUUUCCAGUUGUGGUAUCAGGGCCUAGAAUUUACAAUUCCUUUCACUUCUUUGUGAUGCUCAUCUCACCAAAUAACUCCAUUUGUAAAUUCUCUACAAUUUACACACACACACACACACACACACACACACACACAAACAAACAAACAACACUAUGUGCUAUCUGCUCACAUAAAAUCUCCAUGGAGGCAUUAAUGAUAUUUUAAUACUAUAUUAUAAUAUUCUAACAGGAAGUAGAUUGAUGAGGCAAAAUGUCAAUUGGCAAUGAUUUUAGGAAACUAAAUUAAGAUACCUCCCGCUGUCUAACUCCACCUGUAUAUCUUCUGUUUGUACUAAAAAUAUAUAUUGUAAUUAUUCCAUUCAAUACUUGUACAAUGUAAUACUAUACAAUGAACUAAUAAAUGUAAGAUUUAUUAAACAGGUUAAAUUAUA